AACUCUCAGUCUGAUGGCAGCUCUGUCUGAAAGCGUGCUGACAGUCAACAUGUUCUUGAGUGUCUUUUUUCUUCCAGAUUCUCCUUGGAGUCCCAGCAUUAACAUCCCCGCUGAUCUGAAGGAGCAUCAGUCUGUCACUAUCAGCUGCUCAGCUUUGACUCCCUGUCCACACUCACCUCCUGAACUCACCUGGAAUCUCCAACAAGACUCUCACAGACAAACAGAGAAAAACACAGAGGGAACCUUUACAACUAAAAUCCAGGAGACCAUCACUCUGUCAGACACACAUGAUGGAUACAACAUCAGCUGUUCUGCCACAUAUCCUGUGAAUGGAGGAAGCAAGACAGCAGAGACAGAAGUGACUCUCAGUGUUUCAUAUGCUCCUAGAGACACCUCAGCAUCCAUCAGUCCAUCAGGUUUGGUGUCAGCAGGUAGCUGGGUGGAGCUGAGCUGCUCCAGCAGAGCCAAGCCUCCUGCCAGCUUCACCUGGUUCAGGAACAGUAAACAUGGAACCUUUAAUGUAUUUGUGGGGCAGGUCUACAGCUUCAAUGCUACUGAGGGAGGAGAGUAUUACUGUGUGGCUACAAAUGAUCUGGGUCAUCAGAAAUCCUCAGUGAUCCUUCUUAGUGGUGGAGCAAAAGAAUUUCCCUACUGGGUCUCAAUUGUAAUUGGAGUCAUUUUGUUAACCUCCCUGGUUCUUUCUGUCUGGUGCUUUAAGUCCAAACGUUCAACUCCGCAACAGAUCCAGAGUCAAACAUGUGAGGAGGAUGCAGUUCAAAUGGCAGCCAGUGUAACAAAGGAAGAACUUCAUUAUGGGGACAUGACUUUCUUCCAGAGGCGACCUAAAACUUCCUCCGUCUCAGUGCAGGAUGGAGGACAGCAGGAGUCGGUGUACGCUCAGGUCAAAGUGUCUGCUGACAGUCCAGAAGAUCUCUAUGCACGAGUGAAGAAGACAUAACUUCUGUCACUGUUGUGUGAUUACAUGAGAGAAUUAAAACAUUUUUUUA